AAAUGGCAGGAUACUUGGGAGUGUGGAGGAGCAGAGGGAUCUGGGGGUACAUGUCCACAGAUCCCUGAAAGUUGCCUCACAGGUAGACAGGGUAGGUAAGAAAGCUUAUGGAGUGUUACUUUCCUAAGUCGAGGGAUAGAGUUUAAGAGUCACAGGGUAAUGAUGCAGCUCUAUAAAACUCUGGUUAGGCCACACUUGGAGUACUGUGUCCAGUUCUGGUUGCCUCACUAUAGGAUGUGGAAGCAUUGGAAAGGAUACAGAGGAGAUUUACCAGGAUGCUGCCUGGUUUAGAGAGUAUGCAUUAUGUUCAGAGAUUAAGGGAGCUAGGACUUUACUCUCUGGAGAGAAGAAGGAUGAGUGGAGACAUGAUAGAGUUAUACAAGAUAUUAGGAGGAAUAGAUAGAGUAGACAACCAGUGCCUCUUUCCCAGGGCGCCACAGCUCAGUACAAGAGGACAUAACUUUAAGGUAAGGGUGAAAAGUUCAAGAGGGAUACUAGAGGAAAGUUUUUUACUCAAGAGAGUGGUUGGUGCAUGGAAUGCACUGCCUGAGUCAGUUCUGGAGGCAGAUACACUAGUGAAAUUUAAGAGUCUACUAGACAGGUAUAUGGAGGAAUUUAAGGUAGAGGGUUAUAUGGGAGGCAGGGUUUAAGGGUUGGCACAACAUUGUGGGCCAAAGGGCCUGUGCUGUGCUGUGCUGUGCUGUGCUGUAUUGUUCUAUGUUCUAAAACUACACACAAUACUCCGUGUGGUCUCAUGAGUGCCUUAGAGAACCUCAACAUCACAUCCCUGCUCUUAUAUUCUAUACCUCUAGAAAUGAAUGCCAAUGUUGCAUUUGCCUUCUUCACCACUGACUCAACCUGGAGGUUAACCGUUAGGGCCUCCUGCACAAGGACCCCCAAGACCCUUUGCAUUUCUGCAUUUUGAAUUCUCUUCCCAUCUAAAUAAUAGUCUGCCCGUUUAUUUCUUCCACCAAAGUGCAUGACCAUCGUCAUCAUCAUGUGUCGUACUCUGCCAGAGACUUGGCAACCACUGCAUGGCCAUACACUUUCCAACAUUGAAUUUCUUUUGGCACUUCUUUGCCCAUUCCCCUAAACUAUCUAAGUCUCUCUGCAGGCUCUUUGUUUCCAAAACAUUACCAGCUCCUCCACCUAUCUUUGUAUCAUUGGCAAAUUUAGCCACAAAUCCAUUAAUCCCAUAGUCCAAAUCAUUGACAUACAUCAUAAAAAGCAGUGGUCCCAACACCGACCCCUGUGGAAUUCCACUGGUAAAUGGCAGCCAGCCACAAUAGGAUCCCUUUAUUCCUACUCUCCGUUUUCUGCCAAUCAGCCAAUGCUCCACCCAUGCUAGUAACUUCCCUGUAAUUCCAUUUGGUCUUAUCAUGGGGUCUUAAGAGCAAGGAUGUCCUUUUGCAUUUGUACAGGGCCCUGGUGAGACCACACCUGGAAUAUUGUGUACAGUUUUGGUCUCCAGGUUUAAGGAAGGACAUUCUGGCAAUUGAGGAGGUGCAGCGUAGAUUCACUAGGUUGAUUCCUGGGAUGGCAGGGCUGUCUUACGCAGAGAGAUUGGAGAGAUUGGGCUUGUACAUGCUGGAAUUGAGGAGAUUGAGAGGGGAUCUGAUUGAAACGUUUAAGAUUAUUAAAGGAUUUGAUAGGAUUGAGGCGGGAAAUAUGUUCCAGAUGUUGGGAGAGUCCAGUACCAGAGGGCAUGGAUUGAGAAUAAGAGGUCAGUUAUUUAAAACAGAGUUGAGGAAGGGCUUCUUCUCCCAGAGAGUUGUGGAGGUGUGGAAUGCACUGCCUCGGAAGACGGUGGAGGCCAAUUCUCUGGAUACUUUCCAGAAGGAGCUAGAUAGAUAUCUGAUGGAUAAGGGAAUCAAGGGAUAUGGGGACAAGGCAGGGACUGGGUAUUGAUAGUGAAUGAUCAGCCAUGAUCUCCGAAUGGCAGUGCAGACUCGAGGGGCCGAAUGGUCUACUUCUGCACCUAUUGUCUAUUGUCUAUUGUCUUGCUAAGCAGCCUCGUGUACAGCACCUUGUCAAAGGCCUUCUGAAAAUCCAAGUAUACUGCAUCUACUGCAUCUCCUUUGUCCACCCUGCUUGUAAUUUCCUCAAAUAAUUGCAGUAGAUUAGUCAGGCAGGAUUGUCCUUUCAGAAACCAUGCUGGCUUUGGCCUAUCUUUGGCCCAUCUGUGUUUAAAAUUUUGGGUCAGUCUUGGCAGGGCCCAAUUUACUGUAGAAUAAACAACACAGAAAUGGACCUUUUGGCUCAACUGGUCCAGGCCAACCAGAGCAUUCUCCCUGCUAGAUCCAGUUGUUCACUUUUGUCCUAGAACACUGAAAGCCCCUCCCCUCUAUGUUCCUAUCCAAAUGUCUCUUGAAUGUUGCUUUUGUACCUGCCCACUUGCUACACUCUGUGUGAAGAAGGUAUCUCUCAGCAGUCUUUUACAUUUCUCCCCUCAAUGGCCCUUGGUUAUGGACUCCACUGCAUUUGGGUGCAGGGUGUGAUGGGAAAGACUAACUGAUGAAAACCAGCAUAUCAAACGCCUGCGCCACCCCAUCUACUUGAGCAGCUGCUUUCAAUGAAAUGUACUUUUCUUCCAUGUUCCUCUAUUUCACAAUGUCAGGGCCCUUUUCUUCAUUGUUUUUAAGUCUCACCCUGAUUUGAAUCUGCAAAUUUCAUCACCCCAUCUCCCUAGCUCAUCAUGAUCUUUGCAGUUCAUUGCAAACUACUUCACUAUCAACAGAAAACUGGCUAAUCAUGCCAUAUAUGUUCAUACCCACAUCAUUUGAAUUACCAAUGAGUAGAAGUUUCCCACACUGGCCCCACAAGUCACAGGCCUCCAGGUGGAGAAUCAGCCCUCAACUGUCACCCUUUUCAUUGAGCUUAGUGUGAAUCCACCUCACGACAUCCUCCUCAAUCCCAUGGGACCUAAACUUCUGCAAUAGCCAAUACAGGACCUUGUCAAAGGCCUUAUUAAAGUCCUUGUAGACAAUCUCUACUACACUCCUUCCAUUUUUCCCCUUAGUUAUGUGCUCAGAAACUUCAAAAGAUUUAUCAGACAUGACCCCCCACACAUAAAACUAUACCCUUUAUUCAUGAUUUAAGCCUUACUAUCCAAGUGAUUGUAGAUCUUGUCCCUCAGAAUUCCCUCCACUAACUUACCGACAACUGAAGUCUGGCUCAUUGGCCUGGUAUUUCCUGGCUUAUCCUUGUUACCCUUCUUGAACAAUAUUAUCCACCUUCCGGCCUUCUGCAAGUUCACCCGUGGCCAAUGAUAGAGCAAAAUCUCUAGGACCUCUGACUUCUUCUCUGCCCUUGGUCAGGCACGAGGGAUUUGCUCACUUUAAUGUCUUUAAAGUCUGCAAAUACCUCCUUCCUCACAAUAAGCAUAUCAUUCACGAUCUCACUACUUUUUAACUCUUCCUUAAUUCCUUGACAUUCAUAAUAUUCUUUUUAGUAUGUACUGAGGAGCAAUUAACAUUAGAAAUAUCAGCCAUCUCCUGUGGCUCCAGACAUAGGUUGCCCUAUUUAUGUUGCCUAUUUCUCCCAUGACACUCUUUUACUAUUAAUAUAACUGAAGAACUUCUUGUCUGGCAAAUCCAUCAUCCAUCUCAUGCCUACUUUCCCCUCCUGAUUCCUUCUUAAGCUUGGUCUUAAACAUUGUACCUCUAUAAAUUGCUAGAUUGUUAGCUCUCAUCAGCCAGAGUUUCCUGAACUUGGCAUUUCUACCCUUCACCCUAACAGGGAAAUGCUGCUCCUUGACUGUUAAUAUAACCCUUAUAAAAGCCUCCAAUUAGUCACCCAGUCAAUCCCAGCUAGAUUCAGCCUAAUGCCCUCAAAGUUGAUUUUGUUCCAGUUUAGGAUUAAAACUUGAGGAUAUGUUCUAUCUUUUUCCAUUUUAAAACUAAUAGAAUUGUUGGCCACUGGUCCUGAAGUGCUUCCCAAAUGGCACUGCAGUUAAUUGGUCUACCUAAGAGUUCUAGUAUUGCUCCUUCCAAGUAGUUUCCUCUAUAAGUUGUAUGAGGAAACAGUCUUGGAUGCACCGCCUAAUUCUGCCCCUUACAGACCCUUUGAAAUCUGGCCCAGUCAAUGCUGAGAAAAUUGAACUCUCCCACGGAUCUCCUUAUUAUUCUCUCAAUUCAAUGCAUUCUUGACACGUCUUCUCCUCAAGUUCCUGCUGACUAUUUGAGUGGGGGUCUGUAAUAUAGCCCUGCCAAUGUGGCCAUCCUCUCUUUCCUAAGUUCUAACCAAAUGGCCUCAUGAGAUGAUCUCUCAAGAAUAUCCUCUCUGAGGACUGUUGUUGCUGUGUACUCCCCCUUACCAAAAUGCCUGUUCCUCAGUAAUACUCUCUAAUGUACCACUGACUUUUCACUGAUUUUUCUCCCGCAAUUCACAUCCCUCUGCCAAUCCAGUUUAAACCCUCCCUUGUGGCAAUAGCAAGCUUCCCAUUCAGAUCCUGUCCUUCUUUGCUUCAAGUGCAACAAAUCCCAGUUAUAAAGGUGGCCUUUACCCCAGAAGAGAUCCAAAUCUUCCAGGAAGCUGAAUCCCUGCCAGCUCUCCAGCCACAAAUUCAUCUCGCUUCUUUUUCUACACCUGGAUUGUAGUAUUUGGCACCUAAAACUUCUUCCCCAUAGGAGGCUAUGUAAAUAGUUUUAAAUGCAGGACCUCAAGGAUAGUAAUCUGGAGAUCACUAUCCUUGAGGUCCUGCAUUCUUAAUUUGUAGCUUAACUCCCUAUACUCGUUCCGCAGUAUCUCAUCCUUUUACAGAGGUACAGUGACCUGUGGCUAUUUGCCAACCCUUUCCCACCAAGAAUUUUCAGCAGCUGUUCAGACAGCCUUGAUCCUCACCUACUGAAGCAGGCAAAACAUCAGCAUGGCAGCUCUUCUGUGGUUAUAGCCUCCUGCCCAUCUUCCUUUCCAGUCAGUGUCCUAUGCCUUGACCCGUCGAACUGUACCCUUUCCCUCUGAGCCUCAGAGCUUACAACAGUACCAGAGACUUGCCUACUAUGGCAGCCCCUGAAAGAGCAUUCCCCCUCUCCCCUCAACAGUUUCUGAAGAGGGUCAUGUAAGGGGAAUGGACAUAAGGAAACCCUGCACUAACUGCCUACUGCGCUUUACUCUAAUAGCGGUCACCCAUCUAUCUGAAGCCUGUCCUUUGUCCUUUACUGAAACUCAUUUACAAAGCCCUCUGCCUCUCAGAUGGGUCUGAGUACAUCCACCUGCACCUCCAUUUUACUCAGUCUGUCAGGAACUGCAGCUGAGUGCACUUCCCCCAGUGAAGUUAUCAGGAUGAUAUUGAGGUUUCUUGACUUCUCACAUCUCACAGAAGGAGCAUUCCACUGUCCUAACUAUUAACCUGCCAUAACGAAUCAAGGCCUAAGGGCUAUCAACAAAAUAAAUACUUGCCAGUUUCAUCUUGUUGAAGGCUUUUUAAAGAGCUACUCUCACUUCCAAUACCUUAGGACACAUGCUCUGUCCCUUUAUGACAAACCCUCUUGAGACCAAAACAUUUUGAUGACAGAGAGCCAGAAAUCCAAAACUAAUCAAUGUUUUGGGCCGAAACUCUUCAUCAGGACUGAUGAAGGGUCUCGGCCCUAAACGUCGACUGUUUACUCUUUUCCACAGAUGCUGCCUGGCCUGCUGAGUUCCUCCAGCAUUUUGCACGUGUUUCUUGGAUUUCCAGCACCUGCAGAUUUCCUCGUGUUUCUGACCAAAAAACUAAUAUUGUUAGCUGUGAAGUGGUGGAGGCAGAUACUCUUAUGAUAAUUAAGAAGCAUCCAUCGUAGUACCUGAAACACAAGACAUACUAGGCCAUAGACCUAAAAGAGAUGCUGUUAUUAUAUGGUCUUGUAUUUGGAACUCCCAGUGAGCCUGCACCAGUUUUUUUCCGGUCAUCAAUUCAACUGUGCUCUGAAUAUUCUGAUUUUGUUUAAAGAGUUGAAAAGGUUUGACUAUGAAAUACUUUGCGAUGUGGAGAAAUCAUCAUUAUUUCAAAAACACAGGAUGCGGUCGCUGCCAUAAGCUGGUGUGAAAACAUGGACUGUAAUGACCUGCUGAAGAAAACCUCUGUGCCCUUGGUAAUUUUGUUGCUGCAUAGCUAUUACUGAAGCAAUUCAACAAUGGUUUUUACUUCUUAAGCUGAGAGCAAUAAUCUCUUCUGCUUCUCUGACUCCUAACAAAAAUGUCCUGUUUUAAUGCAACGCAACAUCUGAAGACAGAAAUGUACUCUUUCAGCAACACCACGCAAGGUGAAUUUAUGAAGACAUUCCAGUACCUGUUGCACAUCCCUACUUUCACCCUGGGACUGAUCAUCCAUUCAGUGGCACUCUGGAUACUCUGCUUCAGGUUGAAGAAUUGGACUGAGAAUGUGAUCUACAUGACAAACCUGAUAUUUUCUGAUAUCCUGUUGCUUUUCUCUCUGCCUUUCAAAAUGCACGCCUACCAGACGGGAGAGCGCUGGAGUCUCGGUUCAGUCUUCUGUCAGUUUGUGGAGUCCCUGUACUUUGUCAACACCUACGGGACCAUCCUGUUAAUCAUGCUGAUAUCUCUGGAUCGUUACAUUGCUAUCAAGCACCCCUUUCUGGCCAGAACUCUCAGAUCUCCAAAGAAAGCAACAAUUGCCUGCACUGUUCUGUGGCUCUGUGUCUGGUCUGCAAGUAUUCCAAAUUACUUGCAAGAAGAAAAUGGUAAACACUGCUUUAAAGAUUUUGCUAAGUUUUGGUGCCCUGGCAGAAUUCCUCUGAGCAUGAUCACAGUGUUUUUAGUUGCUGCAUCUGUUGUGAUUUUCUGCAGUGCUCAAAUUAUAAGGACACUGCAAAGAGUAGAUGAAGAGAGGGAUGACGUUGACACCAAGAUAUCAAGGAAAAUAAUCUCUUCCAAUCUGGUCACCUUCCUUCUCUGCUUUACUCCGUAUCAUCUAGCCCUUUUCCUGUACUUUUUGGUAAGAAAUUCUUACAUAGCAGAACAUUAUCUGAUAUCCCUGAGGGUGUUACUCCAGAUCUGUCAGUGCUUUGCCACAACAAACUGUUGUCUGGAUGCAAUGUAUUACCAUUUGAUCAUUAAGAAGUUCUGGAAAUCAGAAAAUGAACAGCUAAAAAGAAAUGUUUUGCUGUCAAUUGUGGUUAGCUUUAAGAAUUCAAUUUGUCUUUAACUCAGUUAUUUAAAAACUUGUUGAUUACCUGCUUGCAUUAGUAGUAUGAAGGAAAAUAUGUGAUAAAAGCUACAUAAUUUCUUCAAUGCUAUUAUGAAAUAUACUCUGUCGUACAUGUCCUGAUGACACCAUGUCAGUAAGAUGGUGUGCAAAUGGGGAGGAAAUUGGAUAAUGAUAUUAGUGAGAUCGAAAUGCAGUUUCUUCAUUUUUAUUUCUACCUAAUAUAUAUAAACUGGAGGAGUGGCCGAUUCAUUUAUGGCAUUAGUGGAAAUAAUUAGAUAUGUAUGUUUAAGCUGUCUGUUUAUCUGAAUUAUUCAU